AUGCAGCUGAGAUGCUUAACGAACGACUCGGCACUUGUGCGAAAAGUGCAAAAGCUUAACCUUGGAGUUUUACCUGUGCAACCACCAACCUUCUGCUACCGGCGGGCGGAGAAGGAUAAUUACUGUCUCUCAUGGGCUGCUGUGGAUGGAGAAGUUGUGAUGGGAGCUGCCAUAUCAGACAUAGAAGUAGAGCGAGACGGAGUCAAGAUGGUUCAGCUUCGCACGAUGGCGGUGCUUGCUCAAUUUCGACGUCAAGGAAUUGGUCGAAAACUAGUGUGGAAAGUCAUUGAGCAAGCCAUGGAAACACAGAUGGAUGGAAAUGAGGUCCAAGGUGUUCGACUUCAUGUUCAUGCUGGCAAUGUCGAGGCAUUGGCGUUCUACAAGGCACUGGGAUUUGUUAAUAUAGCCCAAGUUGAAGACUACUAUCGUCGCUUGGAGCCGCGUACUGCACUUGUGAUGGAAUGCUCAUUGCGAAAGCACUAA